CAACAUGACUAUGUAGACAUGCCUCCACAUGCAUAUAGGCACAUAUAGCUAGACAUCUAUAUGUAUAUAUAUAUAUAAAGAAGCAAUAAGUCUAUCAAGUGUGGGGCUGAGAGAGAGAGAGAGAGAGCAACGUGUCUGUGGCUGAGAAGAUCAAAAGGAUGGCAGAUCAUGAAGAGCAAUUACUUCCAAUAGCCAAUGUGGGUCGGAUCAUGAAGCAGAUCCUGCCACAAAGUGCCAAGAUAUCAAAGGAAUCCAAACAGACCAUACAAGAAUGUGCAACUGAGUUCAUAAGCUUUGUCACUGCUGAGGCUUCUGACAAGUGUCACAAAGAGAAUCGCAAGACUGUCAAUGGCGAUGACAUCUGUUGGGCUCUUGGGUGUUUAGGGUUUGAUGACUAUGCACAGGCCAUACUCACUUACCUCCAUAAAUACAGAGAGGCUGAGAGACAGAGAACCAACCAAAACAAAGUUACUCCUCCUGCCAUUGCCACCCAAGACAAAGAUCAUACUACCAUUCAAGAUGCAAGUCCAGACACAAACAGCACUUGA